AUUCACCAACCAAGCAACCUCAUUAUAUUUCGAUUCGCUGCUCAAUCAAACAUCAUUUAUUUCAUUUAUCACAGAAAGCAGGAAAAGAAACAGUGUUCUGAUUCAGUGGAUCCAGGGAUGGAAUUGAGAAGUGCAAAUGCAUCUGCUACAGCUUACAGACAAGUUGCCCCACAAAUUGCCUAUGGAUUAUUGCCUCAAACCAAAAGUUGCAAUAUGGUUAAUGGAUUGCACAGAAAGAGUAGAAGAGUGCCCAGGCUUCUCAUUACAGCCGCCAGUUCGGGUGACUCCCGAUUUGAUUCAGACCAUAGUAAGGUGGACGCUGAUAUGAUUGUUCUUAGAAAGCGUAUAUAUGACCUAAAAUUGCAAGAGAGCGAGGAUGAGCUUCCGGCUGAGUGGAUGGAGUGGGAGAGGAAAAUGUAUCCGUCGUACAAUUCAAUGGUGUUCUAUGCAAUUGCAUGGGCGCAGUAUUUUCUAAUGACCGCUCGACCCGGUGUUGCAGUGGGCGUCUUCGUGUUAUUGUCGGUUUGUGUGCCGACUUCUGUAUUUUUUGUAGCGUUAAAUGGCGUCAAGGGCGUUGGAGAACUCAUAGCACAAAUUCAAUUGAAUUUAUGAAAUUUAUGUAGUUGAAUUUAUGAAAUUUAUGUACCAUAUUUUGGUUUUACUUACGUCACAGAUGUGAUGUGAAAUGAAAUGUAACCUAAUGCCUGAUUAAUUGUCGACGAUCGUUUGUCCGUAUUUGAGGCACAAAAUAGUGUCUCAACGUUGAUAUGACAUCAAAUCUAUACUAAAAUUUAACUUUCUGAAUUUA